GAAUAAUAGAGCCACAAUGAACCUGGACUCAAUUUCGUCCAAGUGAAAAUAAUCCUGACAAGACUCUCAAAAGCUUCACGACACUGCAGGCUAGCUUGUCGAAACACACUCCAUCCUCCUCCUCAAUCCUCAUACAAGAAACCGAACCAGAUCUGCAGACACCAUCACACGUACGAUACAGUAACGAUGUCAAGUUCUUUCAAGGAAAUCCAAAUUCAACACCAAAAACACUACAGCAACAUCCCUUCCUUUCCUUUCCCUUCCGUUCUAUCUCCCAACCCCUUCUCUUCCUCUACUCUUUCCUUCUUCACCGAUUCUAUUAUAGCCCAAAAACCCUUCUUGGACUCUUUGCUUCUGAAAACUGGAGCCAUUCUCUUUAGAGGGUUUGAUGUAAACACUGCGAAGGACUUCAAUGACGUCGUAGAAGCGUUUGGGUUCGAGGAAUUGCCUUACGUUGGUGGGGCAGCUCCUAGGACCAACGUUGUUGGUCGUGUCUUCACUGCUAAUGAGUCCCCACCUGACCAAAAGAUACCCUUUCACCAUGAAAUGGCUCAGGUUCCUGAAUUUCCAUCGAAGCUGUUCUUCUUUUGUGAAGUGGAGCCAGGAAGUGGGGGAGAGACUCCUAUAGUUCUUAGCCAUGUUGUGUAUGAAAGAAUGAAAGAGAGGUACCCAGAUUUUGUUGAAAAAAUAGAGGAGCAUGGCUUGAUUUAUACUCGAGUUUUGGGUGAAGAAGAUGAUCCAUCUUCUCCAAUUGGCCGUGGAUGGAAGUCAACAUUUCUGACUAAUGACAAGAGCGUGGCAGAGCAAAGGGCUGCUAAGCUAGGAAUGACGUUGGAAUGGUUUGAAGAUGGAGUGAAAACAAUAAUGGGUCCAAUCCCAGCUAUCAAAUAUGACAAGUCAAGAAAUCGUAAAAUCUGGUUUAAUAGCAUGGUGGCAGCAUACACAGGGUGGAAAGAUGCGCGAAAUGAUCCUGUAAAAGCAGUCACAUUUGGUGAUGGCCAACCAUUGCCAGGUGAUAUCAUCCAUGACUGUUUGAAAAUCCUUGAAGAGGAAAGUCUUGCCAUUCCUUGGCAGAAAGGUGAUGUUCUAUUGAUAGAUAAUUGGGCUGUUCUUCAUGCUCGAAGAUCAUUCAAUCCACCUCGUCGGGUCCUAGCUUCACUUUGCAAGUAGUAUAAUAUCUGUUAUCUGACCUGCUUACAGUAAAGUAAAGAAAAGUAAUAGCUAGACAGUUUUAAGUAAUACAAGUAAAUAAUGAUUUGCAGCACAAUGAUUUUGCUGAAAUCCAAUGCAUAGUUUUUCGAAUAAUAAAUGCCACUGUUUACUUUAUUUAGAAAA